GGACAUGCACCAAACCUGUUCCUUUCAAUUUGUCCAAAUCACGUGCACACAGUAAGAGAAACACAGACGUUACCCCUGGCAAAGCGCCCCUGACACCUUCUGCCCGGCUAACACCUGGAGCAAAACUAAGAAACUUGAAUCCAAGUGCAAUAACUGAAACUACAAGCUGUAAAACUACUACACCAGGUGUCCUCAAGACUCCCUCAAACAAGUCACAGCGACUUGGUUCACAAUAUUUUGUGCCACAGACUGGUAGUCAUGUAGAAUGUGUGGCAUCAACCAAAGCAACAGCAUCACGUUCUACUGAUGGUCAACCACUUGCAGUUUGCAGUCAAACUGAUUUAAGUUCACGUUUAGGUAACAUCACUCUUGUACAAACUAAGCCUCCCAUAGAUUUGGGUUUGAGUCAUUCUUCUAAAACUGUGCUCUGUAAAGUAGACGUUGGGUUUGAUUGUCAUGCACCAAAGGACAAGAACUCUUUCCAAACUGUCCAAUCAGCUACUGGUACACAAAGCCAUGCGAGCACUACAGGGGCAGUUUCAUCGCUUUCUUCAGCUAUGCACAGUGUCUUCCCAUGUGAAGGAUCGAGUUCUGGUGGAGCUCAGUGCAUGAUGCCGCGUUUGUCCACCUGCCCCCCUGGACCAGGGACCUCCAAUAAUUUGCCUCAAAGAGUUUCUGUGAAGAAGAGUCAUCGUGGCAUUGAUCACAGCGCAGACAAUGCCGGGUCGUUUUCUCCUGUCCUAUCCUCUCUAAGAAGUAUUCUGCGGAAUGAAGGAAUUACAAUAGGAGAUCAUUUGGGUGCAACACCCCGAGUAUCAACCUGUCCCACUGGUAGAGGAACCUCUGUUUAUUCUGCUAAAAGAGUACCUGCCAAAAAGCCUAAAAAAAUAGCUCCAGCAGAGACCACAAGCCCUACAAGGAGUACUUUGGACUUCUCUCCUGAUCCAUCAGCGCUCUGUGGUAUUCUGCACAAUAAUGGAGCAACACCUAAUGAACUAACCCGACCCUCAGGCAGAGGAACUUCUGUUUACUCCGCCUUGAGAGUACCCGUGAAGAAGACUAAAACAGAAGCCACAGCAACUGUAGCGGCGGCAUCUCAUUGUGCAAAUAAAACUCCAGUGAUGAAAUGGCCGCCUCAACGGGUUCCAAACACCAAAUCACAAUCAAUGAGGAAGCUCUUUACUGGACAAAAGACACUCAGAUUUAAGGACUCUCCAGGUGUGAGUGAACCCCAAGAAAACAGCACUGAACUUUUGACAUUCCAGGAGCAGGGAGAUGAUGUUGUUCAAAGGUUAUUUGAAGAGCCAGAGCAGAUGGACAAAGAUGAUGAUACUUUUCAUAAACUACUGAACAGUCACAAAACUAUUGAACCUCAAUCAACAACUAAAGGAAAUUCUGAUUUGAAUCGUAAGACAAUAGCCCAACCUUUCAUCCAAGCUGCACACAGAGGGUCAGUCAUUGUUUUCUCUUCAAGCCAAAGACUCUUUGGAUCGGGCCAGCCUCGUGAGACCUCUGGGGCCCCUCUGCAGCUCAGCAGAGACAGUGAUGCAUCACAUAGUACACUGCCACUUCAGUUAGACCAAAACAAUAGAUCACAGAUCACUCCCAGCUUGGAUAUCACUAAACAAACCAUCACCAGUGCACAAGGCCAACCAAAAGUUCCUCCCCUUGUGUCUGCUCUUCGGCGACGUCAUACUCCUCUUGAGGAGAUGUUUCUGGAUGACGAAUGUGCUACCUACACCUCUCGCCUGCUAUCUUGCCAAGUGCAGCCCCGUUGUGGAAAUCCUGUAGCCACCACACUUCUGUUUCAGGACUCCACUUGUUUUUUACCCAUUGGCCUCCCAUACUUUGGAGUCCAGUACCCUCUGGUUCCUCUAUCAGGGCUUGAUGGCAAUUUUCCUCCGAAUAUUGCACACUGAGUCAAUCCAUGCACUAUUAUUUUGGUGACUGUCUGCCUAAAACCAAAUUACUAGUUGCACUUUUUUUUGUCUUAUGUUGUCUUAUAGCUGAGAUGUAAGUAGCCAACCCUACAGUUGGCUACUGGCUAUUGACAUGGAUGCUUUUACAGCAAUCCACAAGCACUGCAAUUUAAUUAAUAUGAUUUUCAAUGUGAUACACUGCAGACUCAAUGCAAAACUCUCUCUUUGAAUUGUCAAACUUCCAUAACAUUUUAGCCUGAACUUGUCACUGACUGGAAACUGUGUUUUCAACUUGUAUUUUGUGUAAAAUAAAUGUGUGUGUGUGUGUGUGUGUGUGUGUGUGUGUGUAUAUAUAUAUAUAAGAUAUCCGUAUGCUGUGGAUUUUUAUUUUUCUGAUACAAAAGUUGUGCAUUUCUCAUGAAAUAAGAAUCCCAGGACAAAAACUAU